GUGUAUUUCGUAAAACAAAACCAACAACGUUGAAAAUUCAAUACAUCCUGGCCCACCUACUCAGGGGGCUCUACGAUUAAUACGCAACCUACAAGAUGGAUGAAUGUGAAAACCUCGUCAUCGAUCUAGAAGUAUACGAGGAGCUCGAUUUAAAGCAUCAACAGCAGCAAAAUCAAAAUUUAAUCAAUGAUAACGACAUUGAAGUUCUAGAACUAACAGCGAAUUUCGAUACAGAAGAAACGAUGGGUCAAACCGAAAGCAAAAGGCAUUCAAAGAAACACAAUGCUGGUGAAAUUCAAACCAAAGGUACGGCCAUGUCUUUUGGAUUUCGUAAAAAUCUCAAUACGACUCCGAAGAAAUUGAAGAAACUGCUAAAAGGGGAAAAUGCCAAGAAAAAACAGGAUAAAUGUAAUAACGUGUGUACGAAUGACACAGAAGCGAACGCCACAGAUGAACAUGGGGAUUCGGCAACACCGUGA